AUGGAUUCGAAAAUAUCCGAGAAGAAUGAGGCCUCGGUCGCUAAGAGCCCAGUUGACAUCGAGCAUGGAACUGGCCUCGACUUACCAAAACAAAAUGCACUACAGCGUCUAAUCCACCGGCGAAAUGAUCUCAAUCAGCUGGGUAAAGAUAUGCUACAGGAGUCGCUUCAAUAUGAUAGAGCCCAACUUGAAGCAGACGCCGUUAAAGUUCGAUGGAAGCUAGAUCUUCUGGUGCUUCCAAUGAUGAUGACCACAUAUAUGUUGUCGUUCCUCGAUAAGCAAACUCUGAACUACUCCAAUGCAUACGGUUUGCAGCACGAUACAAAAAUGACGGGCGAUGAUUACUCGUGGGUUGCUUCCGCAUUGUACUUUGGCUGGCUCUGCGGAGCUUGGCCGUGGAAUAUGUUGCUACAGCGCAUUGCCAUUGGGAAAUUAGUGGGCAGUAUGCUGUUCGUCUGGGGAAUCGUGUGCAUGCUGCAAGCCACUGUGUUCAAUUUCAGUGGCUUUUUUGCCGUUCGCUUCUUUUUAGGCCUGCUCGAGGCCUGUAUCUCACCUGCAUGGGUUCUCCUAACUUCGAUGCUUUGGACGAGAAAGGAGCAGACGAUGCGUAGCUCCAUUUGGCUGUGCACGAAUGGUGUCUCAAAUAUCCUAGGGUCGCUUUUGGCUUAUGCUUCGGGCUCAGCUGAAGGAUUAUCGAUAGCUCAAUGGAAGCUGAUCUUCUUGAUCGUCGGCACCCUUACCUUCAUAUGGGGCUUCGUUAUCAUACUUUACCUUCCCGACGGACCGCAUAACGCGAAGAUGUUAACGGAGUACGAACGUGUCGUUGCUGUUUGGCGCGUCUCCGAAAACCAGAUCGGUCUAAAGGAUUCGACAAUCAGACCAUACCAGAUUAAAGAGGCCGUAUUAGAUGGGAAAUGUUACUUAUUAUGGAUGACAUCAAUAGCACUAGGGCUACUCAAUGGCGCUGUGACCAACUUCAUGUCGUCUAUCAUCAAGGGCUUUAAUUUUGACGCACUUAGGGCAUCUUUGCUUCAAGCUCCCGGAGGAGGGUUCGAAAUCAUCUUCUGUCUUUUGAUAGGACGACUCUCGCAACUUCCUAACAUGGUCGGUAUCUCGAUUAUGGUCGGUUGCUUACCUGGUAUGGCUGGACUCAUCGGUAUCCUGACUAUUGGCAUCGAGCACCGGUAUGCGCUUGUUGCUAUGUGCUGGCUGCAGAAUGUAGUUGGCUCGCCUAUUAUACUGAAUUGGACAGUACCCGGGCUCAACAUAGCUGGGCAUACUAAGAGAAGUGUUGUUAUGGGUAUCUAUUUUUUCUGCUUCGUCGUCGGAAACAUUAUUGGCCCGCACCUCUUUCUAUCCAGCGAAGUACCGAGAUAUCCAACGGCGAUCAAGGGGUUACUCGGCACGUAUUGUGCUGCGAUCGCACUCCAAGGGUUGUACACUCUCUGGUGUUGGGUUGAUAACCGACAGCGCGACAAAUUGGGCCAACAUGUCGAGGUAGAGGAAGAGCUGUUGGAGGGUUUUGACGAUUUAACGGACAAGCAGAAUAAGCAUUUUAGGUACAGGCUCUAG